AACUGUAACUAACUAGGUACUUGCAAGCUAGCUAACGUCAACAACAAAACAUGUUGUCGGAGAAAGGUUAAACUGUAGAUAUGUAACUAGUUAUAAUGCAUAUUAUUUCUUACAUUUUUGCCAUGAUGUAAAUGUUUAGGCCUUGACCAUGUAGGCACAGCUAGCCCGUUGACGUUAGUUAAAUUGAAAACGUGUUGCAGCACUGUUGGGGCUGUUCGCGAGCCCGCUAGGCCCAAAACGUACCAGACGAGAUGAUUGAUUGUAUGAUCUAGUCAGUAGCCUAGCCUACAUAUUUGCGUCGCUUGGUCACUUAAUUUAAACAGAUGGAUGGUUAUUUUAUGCACAGCAACUAGGUGUCCUGCUGCAAUGUCAAGGCGGAGCAGGAACAGCCGGGCAUGGCGUUACGUGUGGAGUGGACUACGGCGAGAUGCUGAUUCCCGGGCGCUGGUACUGUCCUCAGAAAGUGAAGAGUGGGGCUAUGAACGCUUACAGUACAGUGACUCAGACUCUGAGCCAGACUACCAUCCCGUGGUGCCACCGGUCCCCAGUGCCGUGCCCGUUACCGGAGAGUCGUACUGCACCUGCGACUCCCAGGCCGAGCCCAGCUACAACCCACAUCUCCGGGGCUUCCACCGCAUCAAAGACUGCCACUGUGGAGAGGAAGACCAGGACUUCGACUGGGUGUGGGACGAUAGUAACCGCUCCACGGCCACGUUGAUGACCUGCGACAACCGCAAAGUCAACUUCCACACGGAGUACAGCUGCGGCACAGCAGCCAUAAGAGGCUCCAAGGAGCUGGCAGAUGGACAGCACUUCUGGGAGAUCAAGAUGACAUCACCAGUGUACGGGACAGAUAUGAUGGUAGGCAUCGGAACCUGUGACGUCAACCUGGAUAAGUACAGACAUACCUUCUGCAGCCUGUUGGGGAAAGAUGACGACAGCUGGGGUCUCUCCUACACUGGUCUGUUACAUCAUAAAGGAGACAAGGUGAACUUCUCCUCACGUUUCGGCCAGGGCUCAAUCAUCGGAGUGCACCUGGACACAUGGCAUGGAACACUCACCUUCUUUAAGAACCGCAAGUGCAUAGGGGUGGCGGCUACGGAGCUACAGAACAAGCAUUUCUACCCCAUGGCGUGUUCCACAGCAGCCAAGAGCAGCAUGAAGGUGAUCCGCUCCUGCUUCACGCCCACUUCCCUGCAGUACUUGUGCUGUGCUCGCCUCCGCAAGCUCCUCCCUGAGUGCCCAGACACCCUGAGCGUACUGCCGCUGCCCCCUGGCCUGCGCCACCUGCUGCACAAUAAGCUGGGCUGGGUCCUCCGCCUCAACAACGGCCUCCUGGGGGCUGCAGGGAGGGGGGGCUUGGGGUCUCACUUGCCCCCUACGCCCCCCUUGGCUGGGGCCUUGUCCUCUGAAAGCGAUGACUCUGAGGGGUGUUCCUCGGACCCUGAGGCAUGUCAGAGGAAGAGAUGUCGUUGGACGUGACGGGAAUCCGGUGUGACCCCCAAUGUAAACACAUGGGGUGUUUCCUAAAUUACACCCUAUUCCCUAUAAAUAGUGCACCACUGGUCAAAGACCCAUAGAACUCUGGUCAAUAGGGUGCCAUUUGGAUGCAGCCAUGAACUGGACUGGAUCCCUGCCCCCUCCCUGAGACACACUCAUGUUAUAACCCCUUACACACACACACACACACGUUACCGUUAAUGGUGAUCCCAGGACCUAGGGACAGUGUUGUGGGAACAUUUAAUCAAGAUCAAACGAAUGUGACACUAAGACCUAUGGCCAAACUUCAGUGUACAUUAACAGUAUAUGCAACAACAAUGAUGACAUGAAAUCAAUGAAAAGAGACCAAGUGCAGC